GUUUCUCUUCGAUCGACUCUGAUACCUCUCAUGCCUUCAUCUCUUACCCCGCCUAGCAGCCAUGCUAUCCCUCUUGGUACGCUCUUUCACCAAACCCCGCGAGCAGAUUUCCCCACCACCAAGUCCGAUAUAAGAGUUCGCUGCUUUAGCCUCUCCACUUCUCCUCCAACUUGGGCAGUAAGUCGGUGGAGUCAACCACACCUUCGAGCCACCCAUAAUGAGGCUCUUCACGAUACUCCAGGCUGCGGCCCUGGCCUCCACUGCAUUGGCGACCUAUCCCCUCUGUGGCUUUGAGUACCCCAUGAACUACAACAUGACAGCCCACAUCAUAGACGGCACCUCCCCUGACCCUGAAAUCGUCCAGCUGGGCGUCGCCACUGCCUUCGGCAACCCCGGCGGGCCCAUCCCCUGGCCGCGCGACUCCCACAACCUCAUCACGAUUCCCUACUGCUACGCUCGCCAAUGGGACCGCCACCACGUGCAGGAGAUCUUCGAGCGCGGCAUCAACGAGUGGUACGCCGCGCUGGGCGGCAAGGCUUCAAAGCAGUCCGGCCACGGCAUCGUGUUCAAGGAGCGCGUGGACGACAAAGGCCAGCCACUGACUUGCCGCAAGGCGGGCGGGGUGGUCGAUUGGAAUCCGGAUGUGCCUUAUGACACGCUGGCUGUGGUGUGGACUGCAGGGAAGUGGGGAGCUACGCUUGGACUGAUGCGGCAAGAUCCUCCGGGACCGUGGAAGAGCCAGUUUAUGGUUUCGAAUAAAUGGGACGUCGCUAGUACCAUGCACGAGAUGGCUCAUGUAUUCGGCUUGGCCCACGAGCACCAACGCCCAGACCGCGACACCUACAUCGCCUACAACUGCGAAAAGCUCGCCGAUUUCAAAAAGGUAUUCGCCCUAGCCAAGAGCGACGACCCAACCAUAACUCCCUGGGAACUCUGUAACGACUUUACCACCUCCCUGAAGUACCAGUUCCGCGGCUUCGAGUACAUCAAAGGCGCCACCAUCCGCAAAGAAUGGACCAUCCGCGUCGGCGGCUUCUACGACUACGACUCCAUCACCCACUACGGGACCACGACCGACGGCACCCCGGAGUGCAACACCCGCUUUGAGCGCGAGGAGUGCGCGCUGAUGAAGUGGACGGAUGCCAGGAAGGUGGAUGUCGAGCCUCUGGCGGAGUAUACGACCAAGCCGAGUCGCUGGGAUUUGGAGUGGAUUAAGAAGCAGUAUGAGCGGAAGGAUCCGCCGAAGUAGAGGGACGUUGUGGAUAGGUGUUUGGGGAGGUGGGUGGAAGAGGGUUGGGUGGACGGAUGGGGCUUUUCUCUGGUUCCCCUGCUAUGGAAUGGAAUGA